AGUUCAAAUAUAUCAUGCAAUGUAGGGGAGUUUUAAAUAUAACCUCUUUAAAUACCUAAAUAACAAAUAACAUCAGUUGUUAACAAGUUGAAUUCAUUAAUGUAUGUAGUGUUUUGUAUACCAACUUGAAUAAAUAUUUGUAAACACACAUUUAUUAGGUUUGAAAAUGAAUCUACUAAUAAAAAACACCGAUCGUUUAAAAACAUCAAAUAAAACUGCCAUACUAUUGUACAGCAAUAACAUACUUUUAAAUAUAAAAUCCUAUAAGGAAAUAUAUGAAAUAAGCAAGAAAAUAUAUCAGACAAUGGAACAAUUAAUGAUAAAUACAACAAUCAAUUGCGUUGGUUUACUAAUGGAUAAAAAUGUAUAUCUUCCCUCCAUCAUAAUUAGUUUGCUGAAGCUAAAGUACCCUUUUACUUACAUUUCUGCAUACAUGACAAAUGACGAUAAUGUGCACAUGGAUUAUAUUUUAUCAAUGAAUGAAGAUAACAUUAAAAGUUUUAAAAAAAUUUAUGAAUUAAAAAUAGACAAGACGGCAACUAUUUACAUAUGGAAAAAUGAUAAUACUACAGAUAAUUAUAAAAGGUUUGAUGAUAUAUUUUGUGUUGUUACUACUUCUGGUUCAACGGGAAAGAAGAAAAUUGUCAAAAUACCUUACCAGUGCAUUGAAAGUAAUGCACUUUCUUUGGUGAAAGUAUUUCAGAUAACUUCUAAUGAUAAUAUAUUUUGGGGUACACCACUUUCCUUUGAUCCAUCCUUAAUAGAAUUGAUGCUAUCCCUAUUAAAUGGAGCAACUUUAACUAUAGUACCUCCAAGUGUUUAUAUUAAUCCUUCAGCACUUUCAAAAACUCUAUUUGAUGUCGCUAAGGUGACAGUUCUGCAGAUGGUGCCAUCAGUUUUCCUCAGGUGGAAUGAACAUACUAUUGGUAAAAUACUGCAAAAUAGUUCUUUGCGAUUACUAGCCUUAGGUGGGGAAUUAUUUCCAAAAAGUUUGUUAAAAUUUGAUAGGGAUAAGAAGCUAUUAUUAUUUAAUUUGUAUGGAGUAACUGAACUGUCCUGCUGGGCCACUGUUCACCAAAUAGAUCAAAACACUACAGAUGAUAUAUCCAUUGGCGACUGUCUGAAUGAGACUGUUCUGAAAGUGUAUGAUGAAAAUUUAAUGGAGAUAAGUGAAGGAAUUGGAGAAAUUUACAUAGGUAGUUAUACAAGAAAAUGCUACAUCGACGACGAACCAGCAGACUUUACCCUACCUAUUUUCAGAGAAACUGGUGAUUUGGCCUUGUUAAAAAACGGCAAAUUAUAUUACAAAGGUAGAAAAAACAAUGUGAUAAAACGAUUUGGACAAAAAAUUAAUCUGACUCAAAUUGAAGAAACUAUAUUUGAAAAAUUCGGCCUUGAAAGCAGGUGUGUGUGGUCUCAAAAGCAUAACAAAAUCCUCGCUUUUAUAUUAAUAAAAGAAAACCACAACAGUGAUGUUAAAGAACGCAUUUUAGAUAAACUUCGAAGUAAAUUAGUACAUGCCUUACCAGAAAAUAGUUUUCCUGAUUACUUUGAUAUCAUUCAACAAUUGCCUAUCACCUCUCAUGGGAAAGUUGAUACAAAAAAGUUAGAAACUUUCUACACUAUUAGUAUAAAUGUGUCCAAUGGUGAUGUUCUCCAUAUAUUUAUAAAUCUUUGGUGCAAGUACCUUGGAGUCAGUAACAAUGACACUGACUAUUUAAACAACUAUACUUUUUUCGAGAUGGGUGGAAACUCUAUAAGUUUAAUGCAGUUAAUAGAAGAAUUUCGAACCUUAACCAACAAUCAGUACACAGAUGAAAUCGUUUCAACAAUCUUCGAGAAAAACUUUGCAGAUUGCGUGAAUGUUGUAUCACAAAUGAGUAAGAAGUUAGUUUGUAAUGCAAAAUGUGAAAAAAGUAUGCACUUUGACAUUCCCGUUAAACGACCAAAAAUUCAACCUGGUGAAAUCGAAAUAAUCUGGAAAUAUGAUCUAAAAGCUUGUGUGGAUAGUUCUCCAUUAGUCUUCAAAGAUAAGGACGAUAAUCUCCGAAUAGCUGCAGGCAGCUUUUGUAACAUCUUCGUGAUAUUAGACAAAGACGGUAAAGAGAUAUUCAAAGACGUUCUCAAUGGUUCCAUCGAAAGUACUUCUACGAUAUCACCAUGUAGAACAUAUAUUUAUAUUGGAUGUUAUGAGAAUACCAUGUACUGUUUUGAAAUACAAAAAGGACGAAGAAUCUGGGAGUUUAAAACGGGCGACAGGAUUAAAAGUUCUCCUGUCUUUUGUGAAGAAAGAAAUUCCAUCAUAUUUGGUUCUUAUGAUAAACAUGUAUAUAGUUUAUUAUCACUGGAUGGCUCACUUUGCUGGAAAACAGAGGUCGAUGGUAGUAUAUCUUCUAAUAUACUAAUUGACGAGACCUUCGGAAUAUUUGUUACUACUACCCAUGGAACUUGCUUCUGCCUUAAACAUAUGGACGGGAAAAUUAAAUGGAAGUAUCCUUGUGGAAGUCCCAUUUUCGGCACACCAUAUUUGUUACCUACUAGUAAAAUAGUAGUGCCUUCAGUACUAGGUGUUUUAUUUUGUCUAUUUUCAGAAAACGGAGGUCUGGCUUGGAAAUUCCAAGCGAGCGGUAAUAUAUUUUCGUCCAUAAUGUUUUAUAACGAUAGACUUGUAUUUGGUUGCCACGAUAAAAACUUGUACAUUUUAGAAGUAAAUUCUAAUGGAUGCAGUUUAAUUGAGAAAAUAUGGCUAGGUUGUGAGAUAUCUUCAACGCCUUGUAUAUGCGAACAAGAUUCUCCAGAAGUCAUUUGUUGUUGUAAUGAUGGAACUGUGCAUUUUGUGAACUUUCAAGAUUUAUCUGUGAUGAGACAAAUUAAGUUACCUGGAGCAGUAUUUUCUUCUCCUGUAGUAUACGAUAGAAAUGUGUAUAUAGGAUGUAGAGAUAACAAUUUAUAUUGUUUGUUACUCAAAUAAAUAUAGUAAGU